AUGAAGGUUGUUGAUAAUCAACUGGAUGAAGAUUCUUUAGAUGAGCAUUGGGAUUUACUUGGUGAUGAGGAUGAUGAGGUUGAGGGUGAUGAGGGUGAUGAGGGUGAGGGUGAUGAGAGUGAUGAGGGUGAUGAGGGUGAUGAGGGUCAUGAGGUUGAUGAGGAUGUUGAUGAAGAUGUUGAUGAUGGGGUUGAAGAUGGUAAUGAUUACGAAGUAAUUGAUGAUUAUGAUGAGGAACUGGAUGCAGGUGAUGAAUUGGAUGAAGAAGUAUUUGUGGCAAAUGAUGAUGACCUUAAUGAGGAUACGGAGUUGGAUGAGGUUGUUGGAGAUUUAGGUAAUGGGGAAGGUGGAGAAGGAAGAAGUUCUGCAGUUUAUAGUACCCCUAUUAAGAAGACAAAAGGUACAAAUGGUCCGGUCAUGGCGACCCCUGUUGUUGGUAUGAGUUUUAGUAGUUGGGAAGCUAUGAAUAACUAUUAUCGUUUGUAUGGGGAGCAACAAGGAUUUGGUGUAGUUUGUGUUGGUGGAAGUAUAUCUAGCAAAGAAAGGAAAGAAAGUGGCAAAGAAAGUGGGAAAUCAAAAUCCCUUAAGAGCUAUGUAUGGAGGUGUGAAUGUUAUGGGAGAACCACUUACCGGCGCAUGAUUAAUGGGAAAAAAGUGACUUGUUUUGAAGAACCAAUGGUUAAGAAGAAGUCGAAGAAGUGUAAUUGCCCUGUGAUGUUGUAUGGUUCUCGUACCAGUGAGAAUAACUGGGUUGUGAAGACUGUUGUAAACGAACACAUGAACUAUAACCCUACGCCAAUCAAGUCUAAUCAUAUUUCGAUGUAUAGGGUGAAAAAGAUUACAGAUGUCUUAUUGAAAAAUAUGGAAAAUGAUCAUGAUUCAGGGACGCCCAUUGCACAGAUUUUCAACAACUUAGCAGGAAGAAGGAAUGGGGUUGAGAAUAUAGGAUUUUCGAAGAAAGAUAUUCAUAAUGUUUUGAAUAAGAGGAUGAGACUGAGGCUUAGGGAUGGUGAUGCUGCAGCAAUGAUCAACUACUUAGAUAAAAUGACCAAGGAUAACCAAAACUUUUUCCAUCUGCACCGGUUAGAUAAAGGAGGAAAGUUGCAGGACGUAAUGUGGGUGGAUGCUCGUAGCAGAGCGGCGUAUCAGUAUUUUGGUGAUGUUGUAUGUUUUGACUCGACCUACUUGACAAACAAGUAUGAGUUGCCGUUCUCGAACUUUGUGGGGGUAAAUCAUCAUGGACAAACUAUAUUGUUAGGAUGUGCGUUAUUGUCCCAUGAAAAUGCAGAGACCUUUGUGUGGUUGUUUAGGGCUUGGUUGUCAUGUAUGGGAGGAAAAGCUCCAGCCGCAAUAAUGACUGACCAAGAUGCAGCAAUGAGGAAGGCAAUUCGAAUAGUGAUUCCAAUGCCACAUACCCGACAUCGGUGGUGCAUGUGGCACAUUAUGCAAAAGUUCAGCCGGAAACUUGGUUCUCUUACAGAUUAUCCCCAAAUUAAAGUGGCGUUACAGAAUGUAAUCUACAUCAGUUUAUCACCAGAAGAGUUCGAGGAAGGUUGGGCUGAAGCAAUUAAAAAAUAUAAGCUGGAGGUAUGUGUUGAUGACACAAACAAGGACACAAACAAGGACACAAAGCAAAGCUCUAAGUGGCUUCAAGUUCUGUACAAGCAGAGAGAUAUGUGGAUACCGGCGUAUGUCAAACAUAUAUUUUGGGCAGGGAUGCAGACGACUCAGCGGGUUGAAAGCAUAAAUAGUUUUUUCGACAGGUACCUGAAGAACAACACGAGAUUGUAUCAGUUUGCUCCUAGAUAUUGCAAGGCCAUGGAGAGUAGGGCGAAUGAUGAAAGAGCUGCGGAUGUGAAUUGUAGCCGUUUUACAAGGCCCUUGGUUGGGGAGUUUGCGUAUGAGAGAAAAUGUCAGAAAGUAUAUACGGAUGCGAAGUUUGUUGAAGUUCAGGUCCAGUGCACGCGGGUAUGUUAUGUGACCCCUGUUAGUAAAAAAGACAUUUCUGAUGUAGAGGUAGAGCAUACCGUCUCCGAUAGAGUGUGGAUAUGGUCGAAGUUUUUAAAAAAGGAAAUAUCUUUGGGUGGCCCUAAGCGUACUUAUGUGGUAUUGUUCAACAAAGAAACCUUAUUUGGGAAGUGUGACUGUAAAUACUUUGAGUGCCACGGCAUUAUUUGUAGGCAUAUAAUAAAAGUGUUAGACAUGGAGAAUGUGGUAACAGUUCCUGCAUCAUACAUUAUGGAUCGAUGGAGGAAAGAUAUUCAACGUAAGCACACCCUUGUGAAGGUAGCUUAUCAUGAUCCUGAGAAAACAGAGGAAAUUAAUCGGUAUGACAAAAUUAUGAAUGCAGUAGAACCUGCUGCUUUACUUGGGUCCCAGAAUGAGCAAAAACUUGACAUAAUGCUUGAGAUGGUUCGGGCUGCUAUGUUACGGAUGGAUGUAAGUGACGUAGUGACAGCAGAAGUGGCCGAUAAUGAAGGCGGUGCAGCAUCCGUCCUUAACAGAAGGGGCAGUGACGGACCACCAACGCCUGGGUCGGUUAAUAAACCGCCUAAUAGUUCUAGAGAAGAAAGCCCUUGUCAUUCACCACCCAUUAUUGCCAAAGAUCCUGUUCCGCGAGGUGGGGUAAAGGCUCAUAGGCCUCGUGAGAAACGUUUUAUCCCUCCUGGUGAGAAUACAAAGCCAGAUAAAAAGCAAGUACGGAAAAACAAGAAAGGCGUGGCUGAAGAUGCUCCUCCUGAACAACCUGCUACUAAUCUUCCUGUACCUUUUAAACAACCUAUGGAUCCGGUAGCUAUGAAUCCUGAUUACACCGGGCACCAAGGAAUAAAGUACGGUAACGCACAGAACAACUUCCAUCCCGGCUGGCCAAAUCAAUUUGUAAGUUCCUGA